AUGGCGGGGUUGUUUGACUGCUGGCGCAACGCACAGGGUGAUAGGAGGGGAAAUGACAAGCAAGGCACGAGGCUCGUUCAAUUCCACCCAUUUAUACUCCUCUAUCUCUGCAUCUCGUUAUCUCCCCCCCACACUCCCCCAACACCCCAUCUGGCGUUCGCUCGUCAUGAUCUUCUCACGCCACCGCCAGGCGAGCGGCUAUUCACCUUCACUAUAGUCACAACGGCAUCGUCACAGCGCCUGCAGUGGCUGCACGACCGCAUGCCGGCCAUCCUGCCAUCACAGCACCACGUCGCUGCAUGGCUGCACGGCAAGCUCUCAGGGCCGGACGCCAUCGCCCACCUCUGCUCGCCCUACAACCACCCCGACUUGGUCCGUCCCAUCCUCUUGCUCUCUCCCCUGCCGCAUGUGUGGCACGCAGUGACGCCAGAGGUGGGCAAGCCGGCCUUCAACGGCCCGCAGUGCGUGCAGCCGAUUUCAUUGAAGCCGGCGCUCUCAUCCACCCCAAUCACGCAGCUCUUUGCCCGCAAGAGACAAAAGACGCCACCCACUGAUGCGGUGGGGACAGGAGGGGUGGACAAGCAGGAAGCGGAGGCAGGAGGAGGUGCAUUGGAAGAAGGGCACAGAGUGAAGGGCGAGGAAGGAGGCAGUGAGGAGGAGAAACAGCUGGCUGGGGUGCAGGAAGCACCGGUGGAGGCUGGGGCAGGGGCUGAUGAGGGUGAUGGGGCGAGUGAGGAGCAAGCAAAGGGUGGUUCCAGUGGCAAUGAGCAACAAGAGGGUGCUGGUGAGCAACGCAGUGAGAGAGGCGUGGUUGAAGAGCUGCUCCCUGUGACCCCUCUUCCUCGGGAUAUGCGUGUCCAUGUAUCCCAGUCUUCCUCACAGUCCGAGCAGCACCCACCAGCUCCUGCUUCUGCUCCCCCUGUUGCUGCGAGCGUCACUUCUUCUAAGGUGGGAUCUCCUGUGUCAACGAAACGACAUGCUAAAGGAGCAAAGGGUUCGAAAAUGGCGUUUAAGCCGUCCGCGCGGGCGAGCGCGCGCGGGAUACUGGCGGGGGACGCGGGGUACGUGCGCGCGCUGGGGGAGGUGGCGCGGUGGUGGGCGGAGAGCUGGCGCGUUCCGCUGCAGUACGAGUACGACCCUGCUGACGUGGCACACUACUUCAACCGCCGCCCGCACAUCGUGCUGCUGCGCACGCUCAAGAUCUCGGUGCUGCUAGCAGCGACGUGGGUGCAGGUGGCGAGGGACACGGGCGCCAUACGGGCAAGGGAGGCGGGGGGAGUGAGUGCGGGGGACGAGCGCAUCGCUGCCAUCCGCCAGCACAGCGCGCUCAAGCUCAAGCGCACGCUGCUGCGCCUCGGCCCCACGUUCAUCAAAGUGGCGCAGUCACUCUCAGCGCGCCCAGACGUGGUGGGGCCGGACACUGCCAAGGUGCUAGCAGAGCUGCAGGACCGCCUACCAGCGUUCCCAUCAGAGGACGCCAUGGCCGUCAUUGAAAGGGAGCUUGGCCGCCCCGCUGCCGCGCUCUUCCCCCUGCUCUCGCCCACGCCCGUUGCUGCCGCCUCGUUCGGGCAGGUGUACAAGGGGCGCACGCGGGACGGCAUGCGCGUGGCGGUGAAGGUGCAGCGGCCCAGAGUGCUCUUCCUUGUCGCCAGAGACAUUCACAUCCUGCGCAUGCUGCGUUUUCAUCAUUCUUUCUCAUGCUCUUUUCCCAAUUGUAUGCUUUCACCUGUCACGCCUUUUGGUCGCCACCUCGCUCACCUUCCCGGCGCUUUCUCCCUUUCCCUCCCCUUGCUCUCUUCCUCCUCUGCCCCCCCAGCUGCGGGCAGUGAGGCGGGUGGCGGGGAUAAACACGGACCUGGCAGCAUUGGCGGACGAGUUCGGGAGGGGGCUGUAUGGCGAGCUGGACUACCGCCAGGAAGCCAGCAACGCCACGCUCUUCGCUGUCAGUUCUGCUCCCUGCUGCUCCCCCUGUCGUCUAUGUUUGCCCGCCUGCUUGCAUGCUUGCUCUCUGCAUUGGCGGACGAGUUUGGGAGGGGGCUGUAUGGCGAGCUGGACUACCGCCACGAGGCCACCAACGCCACGCUCUUCGCUGUGCGUGCCACGCUGCUCCCUUUCAUGCUAGCGUGUCUAUGUGCUUGUGUGCUUGUGUGCUUGCACACUUGCCCUUCCCCUACCCCAUGCAUCCACUGCACCAUGCUUAUGAAAGCUCAUGCUCACCUCCCUGGCAUAACAGUCCCCGCUAUACGGUCGGACCUGACGUCGCGGCGAGUGCUGACGAUGGAGUGGGUGGAGGGCGAGCGCACCAGCGACCUGCUCGCCCAAGCCCAACCAAGUCCCUCCGCCUUCAACCCACUACCCCCUAUAACCCCUCUGCCCCGUGUCUCCCUUGCCUGCCACUGCUGCGCUGACCCCCUCCAGAAAGCACACGCGCAUCUCCCUGGCAUCACAGUCCCCGCUAUACGGUCAGACCUGACGUCGCGGCGAGUGCUGACUAUGGAGUGGGUGGAGGGCGAGCGCACCAGCGACCUGCUCGCCCAGGCUCAGGGCGUGCUGGGGGCCGCCGGGGGCGAGGAGGCACGGCAGCGCGCCAAGCAGAAGCUGCUGCGCAUGGUGGGCAUAGGCGUGGAGUCAUCAUUGGAGCAGCUGCUGGUGACGGGAGUGCUGCACGCCGACCCGCACCCCGGCAACCUGCUGCUCACACCACAGGGCCAAGUCGCCUACCUGGACUUUGAUCUCUUGUGUCGAAUGGAGCGGCAGCACCAGGAAGCCAUGUUUGCACAGGUGUUUGCAUGGGGCCAUCUAUCUGGACUUUGGGCUGCUGUGUCGUAUGGAGCGGCAGCACUGGUGCUUCAAAUCUUCUUUCACCUCCUUCUGCCUCCCCUCGCCUCUUCCCUUACCUCCACCCUCUCCAGCUACCUGGAUUUUGGUCUCUUGUGUCGCAUGGAGAGGCAGCAUCAGCAGGCGAUGCUGGCAGCGGUGGCGCAUCUGGUGAACGGCGAGUGGAGCAUGCUGGCGGCCGACCUCGCUGCCAUGGACGUCCUCAAGCCCACCACCGACCGCCGCGCCCUCACCAUGGCGUUGGAGGAGGCGUUUGGUCGCGGCCGGCAGAGAGGAGCCGCCUCAGGAGGCGCCCCCACCAUGCAGUUCGGACAGGUGACGAGUGAGCUAUGGCGCAUGGCGCUGCGCUUCCGCUUCCGCCUCCCCCCAUACUACACCCUCGUGCUGCGCUCCCUCGCCUCCCUCGAAGAACAACCUUCCACCUCUCCUGUACACAUGCCCAUCCCUGCAGGCAUCGGUGUGGCGGUGGACCCGUCCUUCCGUGUGUUCGCCUCAGCCUAUCCAUACGUGGUGCGCCGCCUCCUCACGGACAGCUCGCCCUCGUCGCGCCACGUGCUGCGCCAGCUGGUGCAGACACGCGAGGGCAAGCUGCGGUGGGAGCGCUUCGCCUCCUUCGCUGCCAGCUCCACACAAGCCCAGCGCGACCUGGUGGCAUCACUGGCCAUGCCGUCGCUGCAAUCCCCCAUCCCCGGCAUGCCCCCCAUGCCCGGUGCCUCCCCCCUCUCCUCCUCCUCCGCCGCCACUGCUGGCGCCGCCUCUCCUCGCGCCACGCCCAGCCCGGCCGCGCUGGUGAUGGAUGUGCUGCUCUCCCGCCACGCUGCCAGCGCCCGCCGAGUCAUCCUGGAGUCGGACAUGCGGGCACUAGCAGAGGCGUUCGUAUCCCCAGAGGCGGAAGUGGCGCGGGACAAGCUGGCGCGUGUGGUGGCAGACGCCCUGUGCGCCUCACUGGGCGUGGCCCAGCUGCCCCUCGACGCCAUCACCGCCUCCCAGCUCUCCUCCUCUCCCACCCGCCUCCUCGCCCCCUACCCCCCGCCCCCCCCCGCCUGCUGCCGCUCUGGGAUUCGCCAUGAGUGGGAGGAGAGGGAGGGGAGGGCGACAGCAGCGGAGGCGGUGGCGAGGAGGAAGCGGCUGUGGCUGUUGCUGGGAGCGGCGUUUGGGCGAAUGGGCGGCAGUGUGGUGCUCAAGGUGAGGGUGGUGCUGGCAGCGCUGGCUGUGCUGCUUGCUGCACUGGGCCUGGCAUUAAAGAGAGUGUUGUUGGAUGCGGCAAUGCGCUUCAGGCGCCUCACCUGCCAUUGGCUCCCCUCUCAAGACGACCCCGCAGCUGACCAGCCUGCCUAUGCCACGUAG